AUGGCGACGGCCGCCGCCGCCAGGCCGGCGGCGAGGACGACGGUGAACGUGGCCGGGGCCGUGUACCGCGUGCAGCUGGCCCUCCUCGACGGCGCGGCGGCCUCCAACGAGCCCCUCCUCCACGCGGCCGCCGCGGUGCUCUCCCGCGCCGACUACGACGACGUCGUCACCGAGCGCUCCAUCGCCGAGGCGUGCGGCCACCCCGCGUGCACCAGCCCCCUCCCCGACCCCGCCAACCCCAAGGCGGCGCCGCGGUUCCACAUCUCCCUCCGCGAGCACCGCGUCUACGACCUCGAGGAGGCCCGCAAGUUCUGCUCCGAGCGCUGCCUCGUCGCCUCCGCGGCCUUCGCGGCCUCGCUCCCGCCCGACCGCCCCUUCGGGAUCCCGCCCAACAGGCUGGACGCCCUCGCCGCGCUCUUCGAGGGCAGCGGGGCCGGGCCGGGGCUAGGGUUUCGGGCGGACGGCGGGAAGAAGGAGGACGAGGGGAGGAAGGUGGAGAUUGUGGAGAAGGAGGCGCCUGGGCCUGGCGAGGUGACGCUGCAGGAGUGGAUUGGGCCGUCGGGCGCCAUUGAGGGCUAUGUGCCCCACCAUCACCCCAUUCAAGAAGGUGAUUGUUUCAUGCUGAACCCUGUUAUUUACUUUGCGAUUUUUUGUAGUCUAGAUGUUCAUUCUUGCAUUUGA